CGAGACUCCUUGGCAGAUCUACACUGAUUUUCGUAUCACGCAGUAUCUGCUCAAUGCCCAACAACCUCAAUGGACACAAUCAUUCCGAAAGCUCUGAAGAGGGGAGACAAGAUCGCGUUUAUCUCGCCCUCCGCACGUCUUAAUAAUAUUCUCCCUACUCCCCUUGCGCGAGGGAAAGCCUGUCUGGAGUCUCUAGGCUUCCACGUGCAGAUUAUUUUCUCUAGCCAGGCAACAACCACUAUCUCAGAAUCUAUUCGCGUUCGCUGCGAGGAAAUCCAUGCCGCGUUCCGUGAUAGCACGAUUGCCGCCAUUAUUUGCACGAUCGGCGGCGCGCAUGCUAAUGAACUGCUACCUUUCCUCGACUACUCCCUUAUUCAAACAAAUCCUAAGAUUUUCGUCGGCUACAGUGACACUACCUUCCUUCACUAUGCGAUUCAAUCUCAGACCGGCUUGCGCACAUUUUACGGACCCAGUGUCCUUACAGAUUUUUCUGAUUUUCCUCAGCCUAUACAACUCACAAUCGACCACUUCCUUCAUGUGCUGACUAAGGCGGGAAUGUCAGUGGGUCCAGUUCCUCGGUCGUCCAUCUGCUCGACCGAGCAUAACGAUUUCUUAUUGAGCAAAGGAAUACCCGACAAACCGCGCGAGACCGUCGAUUCACCGUCGUGGAGAUGGCUUCGGAAAGGCCGCGCUACUGGAUAUUUAUAUGGGGGCACUGUACCUUGUGUCGUGCGUCUUCAGGGAACUCACUACGCCCCCGCCUCGUGGAAAAACAAGAUCCUCUUUCUUGAGUCUGCAAUGGGCGAUAACUUGCAACUGCCGUAUUCUGUGUCCCAGUUCCGGAAUAAUCUUGUCGAUCUCGCUCUGUCUGGCAUAUUACAUGAAAUUCGCGGACUGGUUGUUGGGCGAGGGUACAAAUAUGAUACUCAUAUGCAGGAUGAGCUGGCAAGUGUGAUCGAGGAAGUCUUUGAUGUAAUUGUUGGUCGAAGUCGUGAGGAGCAGCUGCCGAUCUUGAUGAACGUCGACUUUGGCCACACGAGUCCAUUCCUGACUCUACCCAUCAACACGCUUGUGAGAUUAGACUCUGCUCUCGAUGAGUUUAACGUUCUGGAACCUGGAGUGCAGGCCUGAUGAGGUAACCGGACUGUAUGCAGGGUUUAUCUGUGCAGCUGUGUGUACAGGUCUCACUUACUAAUGGAGGUGAGAAGUACAGAGUGUUUGAAAGCGCUACUAUCAAACCGAGCGCGUC